CUUUUUAGUAUUUCAUUUUAACCAUAGAGUAGGUUUUUGAAUAUCUUUUGUGAAUUGUAGAUGUCUUGUGAGGCAUUAGAAUGCCUAUCUAGGUGCUUAGCACAUUUGACCCUACGUAAAAGGAAAUAGGAAACCUCACACACAGUCAUGCUCCAGGUUUUGCUCCUUCUGGCAGCUCUUAUUGAGUGUCCACCCUGUUACGCCCACAAUAUGGGCUCCGCUCCCCUCAUUAUCCAAUAUCGUGUCUGGGAAGAACAGCCCUCAGGGACUAGGGUGGGUCGCCUGCUGGAUGACCUACGUGAGCGUGGGGUGACAGGGUCACUGGAAAACUUCCGGGUCGUGCAACAUGGACACGCCCCACCGGUCACAGUUGCUUUAAGGGAUGGUACUGUGUCAACACUAGGCCGGCUGGACCGUGAGGAGCUAUGCUCAGGUGAAGAACUUUGUGAACUGGCCUUCAGUGUGCUCUACAGAAAGGGUGGUGCUAUGCAUUUCCUCUCAGUUCAUGUGGAGGUGAUGGACCUUAAUGACCACAGCCCAGUCUUUUCCAGUCUAGUGCAGGAGGUGGAGAUCUCGGAGACGGCCUCACUAAAAAUGCGCAUCCCUCUGGACCGUGCUGUAGAUCCAGAUUCGGGACCGAACGGCCUGCAGACUUACUCUCUGUCUUCCAACCUGCACUUUGCUCUGGAUGUCCGAACCUCUGGAGGGGCCAAGCAGGCCGAAUUAGUGAUCAUCAAAGAAUUGGACAGGGAGUUGCAGCCAUCUUUAGAACUGGUUCUGACAGCCUGGGACAAAGGAAACCCACCAAAAUCAGGCAGCACAAAAGUUAUAGUCACGAUUCUCGACUCCAACGACAAUAGCCCUGUAUUUGAGGAGGCCCCAACAGUUAUUGAGCUAGCAGAGGACACAGUUCGUGGGACGAUAGUCAUCAAUCUCCGUGCUACAGACCCUGAUCAAGGUGCUAAUGGAGAGGUUGAGUACUCCCUUAGUAAACAUGUCCCACUGGAAGUGCAAAGACUAUUUAGCAUCCAUCCCAAAACAGGUGCUUUGACUUUACAAGGCCCUUUAGAUUUUGAAGAAAAGAAUGUGUUUGAGGUAGACCUCCAAGCUCGAGAUCUGGGGCCCAAUGCUAACCCGUCCCACCACAAGUUGCAGAUUAAAUUGCUAGAUGUCAAUGAUAAUGCUCCUCGUAUACACAUAACAUGGAAUCCACAAAAUUCCCCUGUUGCAACAGUCUCAGAGGGAGCACCAAAUGAAGCUUUCCUUGCUCUCGUGAUGGUAUCUGAUGCUGAUUCUGGGGCAAACGGGCAGGUACAAGUGCACAUUCUGAGUGGAUCUGGCCCCUUCAGACUCAAACAAAUCCAUGGAGACAAUUACAUGAUUGUAACCAAUGAUACUCUGGAUCGUGAGAGACAGAUGGAAUAUAACCUUACUCUUCUAGCGCAAGACAGUGGUGAUCCUUCUCUGUCCUGCAUUAAGCACAUGACUGUCCAUGUUUUGGAUGAAAACGAUAACGCACCAAUGUUUACCAAAAGUCACUACCGGAGUGUCCUCAAAGAGAACAACACACCUGGCUUCCAUUUCUUGACUGUGGAGGCACAUGAUGAUGACCUGGACCUCAGUGGAAGGGUAUCAUUCUCCAUUAAAGAGUCAAAUGAACUGGGGACACCAACAGCAUUUUUCUCUGUCCACCCCAGCAGUGGGGCUGUAACUGUCCAGCAAUCAUUAGACUAUGAGGAAUCCCGUUCCUACUCAUUUAUUGUUGAGGCUGUAGAUCAAGGAUACCCACCAAAGACCAGUAGUGCAGCAGUGCUGGUUGAGGUACAGGACGUUAAUGACAAUUACCCCAUAAUCCAUGAGCCACCUCCCAUGAAGGGAGUUGCAUUGCUAAAUGUCCCAGUGAAUGUGGACAAAGGGGAGAUUGUGACUGAACUUGGAGAUAAAGUCCUGGAGGAUAACUUCCUCAAACCAAGAAAUUACUCUUCCCUCAAUAAACCCGAAGGUUUUCUGGCCACUACCAUUCGGGCCAGUGAUCCAGAUUCUGGUCUCAAUGGAAGACUAAGUUUUGGAAUAACAGAUGGCAACCCUUCUAACAUAUUUUUUCUUGACAAAGCUACUGGGCAACUCUACGUGAACACAUCUAACGCAACAGAAUUGAUCGGCAGAACUUUUAAGCUGGGCAUAGCGGUAUCUGAUAUGGGAACGCCUAUGCUUACCACAAGAACCACCUUGGAAGUAACUUUCAUCAAUUUUCGUGACCACCUGAAGAACUUGUCUCGCGAUAACCAGGCCAAGUACAGUUUUACAAUGCUUUUGGCCAUUUGCCUUGGAUCAACCUGCCUGGUAUUAUUUCUAGCCAUUGCUUUGGCCAAGACAUUCUGUCAUCCUGACAAACGGGAUAACCGUGCUUACAACUGUAGGCAAGCUGAGUCAACCUACACAAGUCACCCACGACGGCCUCAAAAGCACAUUCGCAAGACUGACAUCCAGUUGGUACCGGCACUUCGGGGUCGUAAAGAAACCCCACAAGAAGAUGAAGCUGAGGCAUUGUCAUCUACAUUACCCUUAGUGGAAAAACCAAAUCCACAGGGCCAAUUUACACUUACACCAACCCUUGCUCGCAUGACUCAAAAUCAAGCUCAUAUGGAAAUGGAUGGGAACCCACCACUUACUCAAAGCAAGAUACUCAGAAAGCCUGGGAGCAUAGAGUGGAACGGGACACUUCCCUAUAACCCAGGAACACCCUAUCGAACCCUGCAAAAGACCAGAAAUUCUUCCUCCUCUUCUUUCGCAAACUCACAGACCAGCACACUUAGACGAAACAAAAAUGACGACGUCAAGCCCAUGAACAUGGACCCCUCACAAACAAUGGCUUCAGUUCCUAGUAAUCAGGCCACAUUACGGAGACCAAAGACCACAGAAAGAAGAGGACGGAUGGAAGAGUCAGACCACAGGCAGAUCCUAAAGAAUCUUGUUCGGCUCUCUAUGGCGGCCUUUGCAGAAAACGGUUCUAUUGAACUGUCCUCUGCCUCACCGGAGGUGCAACAGGUGUCUCAGCUCCUGUCUCUUUUGCAUCAGGGACAACUUCAGCCUCGACCAAAUUUCCGUGGAAACAAGUAUUCCCACAGAACUGGCCGGUCAGGGGCUCAGGAUGCUGAUUGGCUGAGCACUAAAGACAGCGGUCAUGGCGAGAGUGAAAUGGGGGAUAUGGACUGGGAAACCGGCAGAGACUCACCUGUCGACCCCUUAUAUGAAGAAGGCCUCACUAAUCUGCUGGCAUCUGAUGAUGUGUUCUCAGACAUCCCCGAUCCAGCAUGGAUGGCCCGUCUCUCUCUCCCUCUGACGGCCGACUACCAUGAGAACCUGUUUGUCCCUGACGGGCCCCCGUCCCCUGACGCCCGGGGCCCCGAGGCCCGUCCCGAUGACCCCAGCUCGUUCUCCACCUUCGGGAAGAGCCCGGGGAAGAGCGUGCUGGAGGGCCGGGCGCUGAUGUCCGAGGUGAGCUCUCUGUUCGAGAUGCUCCUGACCCAGAAGGCCGAAGCCCAGUCGUGUCCUCGGGCUGAUGUGCUCUACAGGCUCUCGGCCGCGUACAGGCGCUCGCUCGGCCUAGACACGCCACACACACACACUCCCCCAUAAUGCAGUGUGCCAACCCUAUGCCAUAACAACAGCAAAAAACAUUUCUGAUUUCUGGUGCCAUGUCAUUUUGGGGAUCCAUGCAACCCAGACAGCAACAUAGUGUCGGCCCAGAUCCGGCCCACAUCUGGAUUACACCAUAGACUGUAAAAAAAGAUGGGCUUCACUUUUCUACCAUUGGUGAAAGCCACCUAAGUCCUAUAAUGGCGCAGAUUUGGGAGCUGAUUCUGCGCAGUAGUGAACGUGAAGUGUAGACGCGGUAUCACACACACACACAGUAGUCAGCGUGAAGUGGAGUCGCGAUAUCAACAAGGUCCCUCCGAUUUUAAAAAAAUAAAAAGAUUUUUUUUAUUACACUCUAAAAAAUGCUGGGUUGUUUCAACCCAACUUUGGGUCAAAUAUGGUCAAACCCAGCCGUUGGGUUAAAUUUUUAAAUCACAUUUUUAACCCAACGUUUGGGUUCGUCAAUAUUUGACCCAUUUUUUUUUAGUUU